GACAUGCAAGGAUAGCUUCUACGAGUUUGCUGUCAAUGAUAUUGUAAUGAAGACAUAUUUUUGACAACUCAAUGCAAAUAUUACAUUACUGUAGUUCCGGUAUGUCACGUGCUUGUUGACGUCGUCUGUGUGCAACAACAUGGCUGCGCCCAUAACCAGAGGAGCUGCAACGAGCAGCCUUGAAACAGGCAUGGUUGUCAAGAAAGCCGUUUCCAUCGUUGCUCCUCUUGCUCUCCGAAUCAUCGCCGAAUGUCCAGUGACCAAAGCGAGGGCUUGUGAUCUCAAACUCCCUCAUUGUACGGUCAGCACCCCAGUGUUCAUGCCUGUUGGUACACAAGGCACGAUGAAGGGAAUCACUGUGGACCAACUCGAUGAUCUGGGAUGUCAGAUUUGUCUUGGCAACACAUACCACUUGGGUAUGAGGCCGGGUCCUGAGCUGAUUGAGAAAGCAAAUGGCCUGCAUGGCUUCAUGAACUGGAAAAGAAACCUUUUGACUGACAGUGGGGGCUUUCAGAUGGUGUCUCUUGUUGAACUAUCUGAGGUUACUGAGGAGGGGGUCAAGUUCAAAUCUCCUUACGAUGGGAAGGAGAUCCUUCUGAGUCCUGAGCAGUCAAUCGCCAUACAGAACAGUCUGGGGUCAGACAUCAUGAUGCAGUUGGAUGACGUGGUCAGCAGUACAGUGACUGGGCCACGGGUGGAGGAGGCUACGUGGAGAUCGAUUCGCUGGCUGGACCGCUGCAUUGCAGCCAAUAAGAAUCCAGAUAGACAGAACCUGUUUGCCAUCAUCCAGGGGGGCCUGAACGCAGAGCUGCGCAAAGCCUGUCUAGACGAAAUGACAAAACGGGAUGUUCCUGGCUUUGCUAUUGGUGGGCUGAGCGGAGGUGAGGAGAAGGAUGAUUUCUGGAGGAUGGUGACACUCAGCACAGACCACCUGCCUCGGGAGAAGCCUCGCUACCUCAUGGGGGUUGGUUAUGCAGUAGACCUGGUGGUGUGUGUUGCUCUGGGUUGUGACAUGUUUGACUGUGUCUUCCCAACACGCACUGCAAGGUUUGGCUCAGCCCUGGUCCCGUGGGGAUCUCUGACGAUUACCAAGAAGCAGUUUGCCAAGGACCUACAGGCAAUAGACCCAGACUGCCAGUGUCCCACCUGCAGGAGGCACAGUCGGGCCUAUCUGCAUGCUCUUUUCAAGAGUGACACCGCAGCCAUGCAUCACAUUACCAUCCACAACAUCUCCUACCAGCUCACUCUGAUGCGGUCGAUGAGACAGAGCAUCAUAGAUGGUCUUUUCCCAGACUUUGUGAGGACAUUCAUGAAGAGAAUGUUCCCCUCUCCUGAACAGUAUCCAGGCUGGGCGGUGGAUGCUCUAGGAACAGUCAACAUCACAUUGAAUUAAACUGCUUUAUACAGACUGGGACUUCCUCUGAAAUGGCCAAUAAGACCUUUUAUAUGAGAAAUCAGAUCUCCUUUUUAAAAAUGGUUUGGUUUGUUAUGAAAUCGCCUUUUCUACUUUUAUGCUUCACUUGGGUAAUUCCUUCUGACUGUAUAUUCUGUCAGACUUACUCCUGAAUGGUUCAAUGACGUUCAAUGAUAUUUUACUGUCUUUAUGAUUUAGUUACGUUCAUGUUUUGUUACAGUACGGUUAGUUUUUUGUUGUAAUUUAUAUGCUAAACAUUCUGUUGAAAGUUCUGAAUUUACAUUGUACUGCUUUCAACUCCUGUCAGACAUACAGUACCUUUGUGACA